UGCUCACAAACACAGUAGGCAUCAGAAGGGAAGGAGCCUUGGUGAUCGGUUUGCUCCUGGAUGACUGUGUCUCUGCAGCUGGGCUGAACAGCAGGUGGCGUGGGAAACUAAUGUGGUCAGACAGGAGAGCGUCCAGACCAAACACACAGCGUUAGCAGCAGUCACAGCUCCUCAGAGCAAUGCGCACUGGACAUGGGGAUUACAAAUUUGUGGCAUUUCAAGUCCUGCAUAGGAAAGGAGGACUACAUGUGCCAUAUGCAUGCACUAGAAAAGUGUCAAUGUGACCGUUGCAAGCAGUGCACAGUGAAUUAACAUGCAAAUAGACGGGGAGAGACGAGCCGGAGUCAAAACGUGCGGAAGAGAAAGGGCCAAACACAAGGACGAAAGCAGGAAAUUACCAGAAGGAGCACAAGCCCAGAGAACACAGACUAAGACCAUGCAUCACAGUCCACUUGAGCCCAGCAGGUCAAAUGGGUUUUUGCAGAGAAUACUGACUAAAUCAAACCAUGGAGGUACAGAGCCACAGAGCACUCUGUCUUUUUAUUAACAGAUAAGGCUUUGUGUCAAAAUGGGAUCAAGUAACCCAUAAACAGCGGCUGAAAACCCUGACUGGCACCAGAAUGCAAACACUGCUUUGAUGAGAGACUCUUUUUACAGAAGGUACUGGGAAUUUAUAAGGCUAGAAGAUGUAGUGGCAGUAAGGAGCUAUGUGACCUCUGAUUCAGGGCAGCCAAAACAAAGACUCACUCGUCAUGGAAGAGCAGACAGUCUCCCUGUUUCCAUAUGGGAAGAAUGGCACAGAGCAGCUGAACUUUUCAUCCACUUGCAACAGGACUGGUCUGGCAGAAAGCACAGACACUUCCCAGUUCUAUGUCAUCAGCCUUUUCCUCUCCUGCCUCUACACUAUCUUCCUCUUCCCUGUCGGCUUUAUCGGAAACAUCCUCAUACUGGUCGUCAACCUGACCCACAGGGACAAAAUGACCAUCCCAGACCUGUACUUCAUCAACCUUGCCGUGGCCGACCUCAUCCUGGUGGCCGACUCUCUGAUCGAGGUCUUCAACCUGAACGAGAAGUACUACGACAUCGCGACCCUCUGCACCUUCAUGUCCCUGUUCUUCCAGGUCAACAUGUACAGCAGCAUCUUCUUCCUGACGUGGAUGAGCUUCGACCGCUAUGUGGCGCUGGCCAGCUCCAUGAGCAGCAGCCCCCUGCGGACCAUGCAGCACGCCAAGCUCAGCUGCGGCCUCAUCUGGGCCGCCUCCAUCCUGGCCACCCUGCUGCCCUUCACCAUCGUGCAGACCCAGCACACGGGCGAGGUGCACUUCUGCUUCGCCAACGUCUUCGAGAUCCAGUGGCUGGAGGUGACCAUCGGCUUCCUGGUGCCCUUCUCCGUCAUCGGCCUGUGCUACUCACUGAUCGUGCGCAUCCUCAUGCGGGCGCAGAAGCACCGGGGCCUGUGGCCCAGGCGGCAGAAGGCCCUGCGCAUGAUCGUGGUGGUGGUGCUGGUGUUCUUCAUCUGCUGGCUGCCCGAGAAUGUCUUCAUCAGCGUCCAGCUGCUGCGAGGCGCGGCCGACCCGGCCCGCCGCAGCGCCGCCACGCUGUGGCACGACUACCCCCUGACCGGCCACGUCGUCAACCUGGCCGCCUUCUCCAACAGCUGCCUCAACCCCAUCAUCUACAGCUUCAUGGGGGAGACCUUCAGGGACAAGCUGCGCCUCUUCAUUAAGCAGAAGGCCAGCUGGACCGUGCUGUACCGCCUCUGCCACCACACUCUGGAUUUACAGAUUCCCGUCAGAAGUGAGGUGUCCGAGGUAUGAGACAAUCUGACACACAGGAAAACACUGGACAUAUUGGAAAGUUAGGGAGCAGAGAGGACAUAGAGGCCCUGAAGAACACAGUGGCUGUGAUGGAAAUCAUGCAUAUUAUAGACCCACAAAUACUCAAGACAACAGUGAACAGUUUUAACGGAGACAUCUCUAUUUGUUUGACUGAACUAAAACUGAGCAAUUGAAGUGUUAAAAAGCUGGGAAACCUGAACUCCAGAACUGAACUGAACCGUCCAGGAAAAUAUUUCACUUGUAUAUACAAACCAGGAAAAGCACUGCCUUCUUAGUAUUUAAUUAAUUUUAAAAAGGAAAUUUUCACCUUAUUCCAUUUUGCAAACUACAGAAGUAGCUACAGGGAUGAAAAUGGAUUCAUGAGAACCUUCUCUUUAACGGCACACAAAUCUAUGCUAAAACAGGAAAAAAAUACAAAAUUGGGUUCAGACUAGAUGAUGGCUGACUUACACAGAAAUUGUUUGCAACUUAAUUCAGAAUAGAAAGCCAGUUCAGUAACUCGGUUGCUUUCUCUGGUACCACUAAUACAUCUGAUUUACAACAACUCCUUCACAAACUCCAGGUUGAUAAGCUCAGGAAGCCUAUGGUAAGAGAACAAAUUAAACAUAGGUGACAUCAUAGUGGGACACCAUUUCUCCCUUUUGGUCAUUAAGGUUAUUAAACUAUUUGAUAAUGAUAUUUUGCCAUUAUGCACUUUUAUUCUUAAGAAAAUUACACUGUAUGGUUGCGGAGACAAACAUCAGUGUACUGUAUAACAAAUCAGUCAAACAAUUCAUACACUUUCAUUGGCAAAGAAACCAUCUUUGGAGAGUUAGCAGCAACCCUGGCAAGUUUCUGCUGAGAUAUUCACCACCAGCUGUUAUAUUUUCAAAACAUCAAAGCAAAUAAACUUUCUAGGAAAAAAGUGAGGCACACGUAAUUUUGAAAUCUUGACAGAUGAGUUUUGGGAUUUGACAUCUGAGGAAACAUUUGUCCCUUUUUGAUUCAACAACAAAGCUGUACAAUGUUAAAAAUGAACACUUUACUAUGACUCGGGUAUAAAAAAAAAGAAAAGAAAAAAAGGUCAAUAGAGUUCACACUGCAUCACUUAGCAACACAGAAGACCAUCCUCUGAGAGGUUCCAUACCUGCUUAUUGCAAACACUUUCCACAGCUGAUUCACACAGGCAGUCAGAAACACCUGCCCAAAACCACCAAAAUACAGCACAUGGCUUAGAGAGGGGAGGAGGGGUCCUUUCUAAUUUUAACAACUUUACAGACCCCACAUGAUUUCAGCUGGAGCAGGAGCUACAAAUAAUUAGUAACAUUCCCAUCUCCAGUUUAUAAGGUGAUGGUUGUGCAAGUAUCACAGAAGGUAGUUUCAACAAAUGCACUGUUCAAAUUAUCCAGUCACAGGUCUGAAUUGUAUACCCAAAACCACGAGGAGUGCACAGGCUGUCAAUGGCAGUCAUAAAACUUUAGAAUUACACCAACAUAACACUGUAACCACAAACGGAGAAAUGCACGCAUCACUUUCUCCCCUACCACAGAGCGCAAAAAUAAAAUGCUUUCGCUCUGCCAAUAUCUAUUUAUACUUAUACAAACAGACCUGUAGCAUCACGUACCCAGAAUAACACGUCAAUUGUGUAAAUUAAAUACCGAACUAUAAAAGAAAUUAAAUGUCAGCUUAGAGGAGGCACUGACAAACAUUGUAAAGCUUGCCAUUUAGAAGGACACAGCGGUCAAGCAACCUGAAGCUCAAAGCUGAGAAGACAAUGUCUAUUUGCACAUCAGGGCAGAGGAAGAAGGGGCAAGCUGAGGGAAGAGGAGAGAACUGAAAGGCACUAUCUGCUUUCCAUACAGGACAUGUCUAUAAGGCUGUGGAAGAUAUCACACUGUAAACACAAAUGUCUUUAAAUGUAAAAUGUCUUCAGAGUUCUCCAGGUAAAAAGAAUAUUUCCUAUAUCAUUUAUUUAUCAUUGGCACUUAGGGUCCUUUAUCACCAAGAGUAGAGAAGGAGUACAUACAAAAAGACAGAAGAGAGUUCAAAUCCAAAGGCAUCACAGUAGUUAUCAGAAAGGUCUAAAAGGGGUCCUUGAAAAAUAAAAUCAACGGUAUGGGCUUCACUAAAAUCCCAAUAGCCUUACAGGUUGCCCCCAAUGACAGUACACAGGAAAUUACUUUAGAUGUACAUAGUAGUGAAAGGAGAUAGAACC